GUGACCGCGUGAAUGCGUCGCUGCAGCUGAGACCUGACUACCUGAGUGAGUUCCCUCCUCCGGCGGCCGCCGCCGAAACCUACUCGUGGGCGAUCGCGCAGCCUGCAGAACAGGAGAGCCACCAGCCCACCAACCUCCCAGCGCGGCGGUAAGCAGCCCGCCCCACCUGCUGCACCCCCACAAAUCUUAAACCCCUGUCUUGAGCCGAGCAAAACCGCCGCCGCUCCCCCGCCGGGAAGCCGUUCAAGAUGGGGUACAAUCGCAACAGGCGCGGCCGCGGAUCCUCCUCCUCGUCGUCGUCUUCACGCCGCAACAAGCAAGAAGCCUCCUGGGAUGAUGGUCCUGGGACGUCACUUCCAAGGCAGGAAGAAGAUACCGAAGAGGAAUUUAAAGGUUCGAGAAUUCAGCUUGCCAUGUGGGACUUUGGGCAAUGUGAUGUUAAAAGGUGUACUGGUCGUAAGCUUUCAAGAUUUGGGCUUCUAAAGGAGUUACGGGUGACCAAUGGUUUUGGUGGUGUUGUUCUCAGCCCUGUUGGGACACAAUGUGUAUCCAAGGCAGAUCAUCCUACCGUGCAGAGAAAAGGAUUGGCUGUGGUUGAUUGUUCCUGGGCACGUUUAAGUGAUGUCCCUUUUGUGAAACUCCGCUGUGGCGCUCCUCGCCUCUUGCCAUGGUUGGUAGCAGCAAACCCUGUGAACUAUGGGCGCCCAUGUGAAUUGUCUUGUGUGGAAGCUUUAUCAGCAGCCCUCAUAAUAUGUGGGGAGGAAGACACAGGACAUUUACUGCUUGGGAAAUUCAAGUGGGGUCAUUCAUUCUUGUCUCUAAACAGAGACCUCCUGAAAGCAUACUCCAAAUGUGAAAAUGGAUCUGAGAUAAUCAAUGUGCAGAACUCCUGGUUAUCAAGUAACUCGAGUGUUCCAAAACCACCUGCAAAUGAGGCAGAAACAACACGCCGAAGCAAAGAGGAAGGAUCUGAUGGUGAUUCUUACGAUGAUUUGCCGCCUCUCGAGGAGAAUCUGAACCACUUGAACCUCGACCAAGAUGAGGAAAGCGAGGAAGGAUCUGAGGGUGAUUCUGACGAUGAUUUGCCACCUCUCGAGGAGAAUGUAAACCGCUUGAACCUCAACCAAGACGAGGAAAGCGAGGAAGAAAGUGAAAGUAAAAGGAAGGGUUAAAACGGUGGGGUCUUGGCAACAGUUGAAAAAUAAUUGAGAAAAAGUUACGUGCAAGCGCCUGCUGUGAAACAACACAUGGUAGUAUGUUUCAGUAUGUGAUCUAAAUAAACUUCUUUACGUCUGAAUCAUGGAUUCAUUCAUGGUUGGAAACAGAAGCUAUGGAACAGCUGUGGUGCAUUCCUGUGUAAAACAAGCUAUGGAAACAGAAGGGCAGUUCAUAACUAAGAAUUGUAGCGUGCAAAAUUUUGUGCCCUGUAAAUUAAGAUCAUUGGCACCCGACUUGCAGGGCAGUAUGCUAUUUUCCUCCUUUUUCGGAGCUUUUGAA